AUGGAUUCGAUUAUCGCAGGAGAGAAGGCCUCAGGUUCAGACUCCUUGAAGCCCGGGUCCCCCACAGAGAAGAGCAGCAUCGAUGCGACCGAUACCUUCUCGAAUGCGGAAUACCGCAAACUCAUCUGGAAACUCGACGUCCAUCUUUUACCACCGCUCUUCAUACUAUGGUUCAUCUCAUUGAUCGAUCGAGUUAACAUUGGUACAGCUAGGAUCCAAGGUCUUGAGAAGGAUCUCAAGAUGGAUCCUCUCAGCAACAAAUUCAAUAUCGCAACCGUUGUGGUCUUUAUUGGCCUUAUGCUCGCAGAGGUUCCAAGCAAUUUGCUGAUCAAGAAGUUCACACCAACUACUGUUCUCUGUGGUGAAUGUCUCAUCCUAGGAAUUUUCACCAUCGGCCAAGGGCUAGUCACAAACUUCGCUGGCCUCGUGGCAAUGCGUUUCAUCAUUGGGAUCCUAGAAGCCGGACUAAUUCCCGGAUCCAUCUUCUUGCUGGCAGCGUACUAUCCAAGAUAUGAGUUACAGUGGCGUAUGAGUAUGCUCCACGUUGGCAAUGCUAUCUCAAACGCGUUUGGCGGUUUGCUGGCUUAUGCUGUGGCUAGCAUCCACUCUUCAAAUGGAUGGCAUGGAUGGAGAUGGAUCUUUGUCAUUGAAGGUCUUGUUACAGUCGUCCUUGUUGCGCUUUGCUGGCCAUUCAUGAACGACUGGCCAGCCACGGCAAAAUGGCUCAAACCAAAUGAGAAAGCUGUCCUGGAAGAACGCAUUCGAAAGGACGGAAUCAUCGGUCGUAUGGAUGACCUGGACCGAAAGGCCAUUAUCCGAUGCCUCACUGAUUGGAAAAUCUACCUAAGUGGGUUCAUCAUCGUCGGCGUCAUCUCCAGCGUCUACUCAUGCACCUUAUUUGCCCCAACAAUCGUCAAAGUUCUCAAGCCAGCAUACUCCGCAAAGCAAAUCCAAGGUUUGGUAAUUCCAAUCUUUAUCGCAGCCUCCGCCAGCACCUUGACCGUUGCAUACAUCUCGGACAAGCUAAAGCACCGCGGUGGUCUCGCAUUGACUGGCUGUUUUAUAGCAAUCAUCGGAUAUGUCAUCACCCUCAACCAAGAGCAUGUCUCGGUCAAUGCACGCUAUGGAGCCCUUUAUCUCAUCGCCUCCGGUUCAUUUGCCGCUCUGCCUGCAGCCUGGAUCCUGCUUUUGAACAACGUCUCUGGAUCCUACAAGACAGCCUUCGCCAUCGGUAUGGAAAUUGGUCUGGGCAACGGUGGUGGGUUUGUUGCGUCGUUCUCUUUCCAGUCGAAGAAGGCUCCGUUCUACUGGACAGGCUUUAGGACCACGUUCUCGCUCAUGUGCAUGGCUACUGGCUUAAUCUGUGUGUAUGUGACGGGACUUUGGUACGAGAACAAGCAAAAGCGCGCUGGGAAGAGGGAUCAUCUACUCCAGGAGGGCGACAACUUGGGAGAUGCCCAUCCUGGGUUCAUUUAUACCUAUUAGAGUUGUUGAUCAUAGCAUAGCUUUAGUCCAUCGAUAUGUAAUAAAGUUUCC